AGUUUGCAUUUAGUUUCCAAUUUGGCGCCCAGCGCAGUGGAAGCAAUUGAAAGUUCUCCCUGAAAGUGCAAGGAUCAGAUUAAUUAAUCAUCGACUAAAAUGGUUGCCUGGCUGACCGUCAAGUCCGUGGCCAUCUUCCUGGGCCUGGCCACAACGGCCUUCUGCAUUUCCACCAUUGUGCUGGCCGUGCAGAAAACCGAUCUGGAGAACGAUCUGCAGGAUGCCCUGAACAAGAUCGAUGCCCUUACGGCGGAUACAACGUCUACGUCGACCACAACUACCACAGCCAAUCCCGGUGAUGGCACCACGCCCAGUGGGGGUGCGACAACUCCCGGAAGUGGUUCGGGUACUACCCCAGGCGGUGCAACUACUCCGGGUGGCGGAACAACUCCUGGUGGAGGAGCAACCACCCCUGGAGGUGGAACAACUCCUGGUGGAGGAGCAACCACUCCUGGUGCAGGAACCACCAGCACGCCUGCAGUCAAUCCGAUCUACCCUACACUGCCCACAGGACUUCCCGAUCCCGAAGCGAUUCAAUGGCGUCUGCCCACUGAGCUGAGGCCCAUCAAGUACAAGAUAUACAUUCAUCCCGACCUGCAGACAGGCGGCUGCGAGGGCACCGUGUCCAUCCAGUUCCAGCUGAAUGAGGUGACCAAUCUGAUUGUGCUGCACGCCAAGGAUCUGAAUGUGCACAGCAUCAGUAUCCUGAAUAUGAUGGCGCGCAUGCGCAUACCCAUUGACGAGGUCAUUCUGGACGACACAAGGGAGCUGCUCCUGAUUACGCUGAAGACGGUGCUCAGCAUGAACAAGGCGUAUACGCUAUCCGCCAGCUUCGACUGCAAUCUGGAGAGUCUGACGGGCAGCUACCGAAGCAGCUACACAGAUGCCGAAGGCAAUCAAAAAUAUAUUGCCAGCACCAAGUUCGAGCCCACCUAUGCCCGGCAGGCCUUCCCCUGCUUCGACGAGCCGGCCCUGAAGGCCCAGUUUACCAUAACUAUUGCCCGACCCAGCGGCGAUGAGUACCACGUACUGUCGAACAUGCCUGUGGCCAUCGAGUACAUCGACGGGGAUCUGACUGAGGUGACGUUCGAGGAGACUGUGCCCAUGAGCACAUAUCUGGCUGCCUUCGUGGUUUCGGACUUUGCCCACAAGACCACAAACUCAGCAAUAAACCCUUCCAUUGAAGUGCGCACCUUCGCCCCAGCAGCGCAAGUGGAGAAGACCCAAUAUGCUCUGGACAUCGGAGUUGGCGUCCUCGACUAUUACAUCGAAUACUUCAACAUCUCCUAUCCCCUUCCCAAGCUGGAUUUGGUUGCCAUUCCCGAUUUUGUAUCGGGCGCUAUGGAGAACUGGGGUCUGGUGACCUUCCGCGAGACGGCGUUGCUGUAUGAUGAGGCAAGCAGCUCCAGUGCGAACAAGCAGCGUGUGGCCAUUGUCAUUGCGCAUGAGCUGGCGCACCAGUGGUUCGGCAAUCUGGUCACCAUGAACUGGUGGAGUGACCUUUGGCUGAAUGAGGGCUUUGCCUCAUUCGUGGAAUACAAGGGGACGAAGCACAUGCAUGCAGACUGGGAUAUGGAUAAUCAGUUUGUCAUCGAGGAGCUCCAUCCAGUGCUCAUAAUCGAUGCCACACUCGCAUCGCAUCCAAUUGUUAAGUCAAUUUCAAGCCCCGCUGAGAUUACCGAAUACUUCGAUACAAUUACCUACUCGAAAGGCGCCUCCUUGGUGCGCAUGCUGGAGAACCUUGUGGGCGAGGAGAAGUUCAAAAAUGCCACAACUCGCUAUCUGAGGACCAACCUCUACUCCACCGCCACCACUGAAGAUUACCUCACUGCCAUUGAGGAGGAAGAGGGCCUCGAAUAUGAUGUCAAACAGAUCAUGCAAACGUGGACAGAACAAAUGGGUCUGCCGGUUGUCGAGGUGGAGAAGAAUGGCAACACCUACAAGCUAACCCAGAAGCGUUUCUUGGCCAAUGCGGACGAUUACGAAGCCGAAGCUGAGGCCUCUUCUUUCAAUUACCGCUGGUCCAUCCCAAUCACCUACACGAGCAGCAUCAACAGCGAGGUGCAGUCGACGAUAUUCAACCACAACGACAACGAGGCUAGCAUCACGCUGGCAGGCGAUGCCAGCUGGAUUAAGAUUAAUAAGGACCAGGUUGGCUAUUAUCGCGUUAACUAUGCGGCCGAGCAGUGGGCUGCCCUGACCACUGCGCUUAAGGCAUCGCGGGAGGACUUCAGCACCGCGGAUCGUGCACAUUUGCUGAAUGACGCCAACACCCUGGCCGCUGCUGGACAGUUGAACUAUGCCGUGGCCCUCGACCUGAGCACCUAUCUGGAGAGCGAGCAGGACUAUGUGCCCUGGAGUGUUGGCACCUCGUCGCUGGCAACGCUGCGAAAUCGCGUUUACUACACCGAUCUGUACAGCAAUUUCACCACCUACGCCCGCAAACUACUAACGCCCAUUGUGGAGAGGGUCACGUUCGUCGUUGGCACAAAUCAUCUGGAGAACCGCCUCCGCAUCAAGGUUCUGAGCUCUGCAUGCGCAGUCGGACACGAGAGCGCGCUGCAGCAGGCUGUUACUCUGUUCAAUCAGUGGUUGGCCACGCCUGAAACACGCCCUAGUCCUGAUAUCCGGGACGUCGUCUACUACUACGGUCUGCAGCAGGUCAACACCGAAACCGCCUGGGACCAGGUCUGGAAACUGUAUCUGGCCGAGGCAGAUGCACAGGAGAAGUUGAGACUUAUGAACGCCUUGGCUGCCGUGAAGGAGCCAUGGCUGUUGCAGCGCCUCAUCAAUCUGGCCUCGGACGAGAGCAACGUCCGUCGCCAGGACUAUUUCACGCUUCUGGGCUACAUUUCGGCCAAUCCCGUGGGACAGAGCCUUGUCUGGGACUAUGUGCGCGAGCAGUGGGAGCAGCUGGUGGCGCGCUUUGGCAUCAACGAACGCACAUUGGGUCGCCUGAUUCCAACAAUCACGGCGCGCUUCUACACUCAAACCAAGCUGGAAGAGAUGCAGAACUUCUUCGUGAAGUAUCCAGAAGCAGGAGCUGGAACGGCGGCCCGCCAACAGGCCCUGGAAACGGUCAAGGCCAACAUCAAGUGGCUGUCACUGAACAAGGCCCAAGUGGGCGAGUGGUUGGCCAACUAUGCGGAACAGUCCACGGUUACCAAUAGCAUCAAUUGAUUCGCACUGCUUUAGCCCCCUGUAAAAUACAAUAAUGUAAAAACUACCAAUGGAAUUGAACAUAGUCUUACUCGUAGCUAACUAAAGCAGCAAGUGCUUUUCAAAUGUGAAUGAAGAAUUGUGAAUACGUAUGAUAUUUUGAAGAAAAC